AUGGGCUCUGACCACCUCCGAGAGAAAGACGGUCUCUGGGCUGUCUUGGUCUGGCUCUCCAUUAUCGCUGCCCGGAAGCAGAGUGUGGAGGAAAUUGUUCGAGAUCACUGGGCCAAAUUUGGCCGCCACUACUAUUGCAGGUUUGACUAUGUGGGGCUGGAGCCCAAGACGACCUAUUACAUCAUGAGGGACCUGGAGGCCCUGGUCACAGGCAAGUCCUUCGUUGGCCAGCAGUUUGCCGUGGGGAGCCACGUCUACAGUGUGGCGAAGACAGAUAGCUUUGAGUACGUGGACCCUGUGGAUGGCACCGUGACCAAGAAACAGGGCCUGAGGAUAAUCUUCUCGGAUGCGUCACGUCUUGUCUUCCGGCUUAGCUCCUCCAGUGGCGUGCGGGCCACCAUCAGACUGUACGCAGAGAGCUAUGAAAAGGAUCCCAGCGGCCACGACCAGGAGCCACAGGCAGUGCUGAGCCCUCUCAUAGCCAUCGCGCUGAAAAUAUCCCAGAUUCAUGAGAGAACUGGCCGCAGGGGACCUACUGUCAUCACCUGAAUGGAGGAAAGAUCACUCACCAGGGCCAAAGAGCGCUCAGCGGGACAUGCUUCACCGAUGCCUUCUUGCUACCUGUUUAUGCCUCUUAUGACUUUGGAGAAAAACAAAAGAUAUUUUGCUUUUUGGGGGCAGGGGGUGGGUAGGAAAAAAAUCUGUUUUGUUUUGGUUUUGUCCAGUUCCUCCAAAUGCAACAGGGUCUUUAAUGGUCUGUUAAAGCUGCACUAUCAUUUCAUAACUAUAUUUUAUCACACAAAGGACCCUCCCCUUUUGAGAAAGAGUAAGUGGGCUAGGAAACUGUUAAUCACAGCAUCUGUUGGUGCCAUGUGAGAAAAGCUUCUGAGACAAUGAAAGAGAGCAGUGCCAGAAUUAAACUGAGCCUGAGCCACAGGUACCCCUGGGAGGGCAGAAGAAGACACUCCUCAGCAUGGAGGAGGACUUAGCUCUUCUCCUAGGUCAGGUCUCCAAUGAGGGAAGGUUUUAGAACUCCUGAUAGCCCACCUUACUCCCAGCAACCACCCGACUGCCCAACCUCCCCCAUCUCCUCCCCAGCAUCCCUGUAUCACCUUCUCUCACAUCUUCUAAAGCUUUCUACACAUCACAAUGGCACGCUUCCAACAAAACAUAUCAAAGGAUGUUUUUCUCUCUUAUAUUAUAAAUACUAUUAUUUUAGCUAUUAAACUGGCUUCCUUCAAAUCCGGCCAUUCAUUGUGCAGAUGGGAAGAAGUUUCUUGACAAGACUCUGCCAAUGAGUGAUUUAAAUUUGGGGGGGCCCUUCCUUGAUUAUAUCAUGUAGGUUGAGACAUGGGUUAUACAAAUUCCUCCUGAGAAGACAAAAACAUCACCAUGUCUGAGAUCUCUCUGACUUUUUCAGUAAGGACCUAUUUGAAUGCACUUGUUCGGACAUAGUUCUGAUCUUACUUGUAAUGGCUGUCAAAGGACAGAAUGAGAUGCUGUAACAGUAGGAAGCGAAGUGGAUGCUGGAAGAAAACAUUACUGGUGGUACACGCCUGAUGAGAUAGAGGGGUGGGUGGGGACCCCUGGAAAGCAGAGGGUCACAGCUGGCUUUCUUUGCCUGGGAAAAGGAUAUUGCAGCUAUAGCAGCCUCAUCCGUACUCAGCCAGGACGCUUGGUGCGUGGGACCUGUUUGCAUCUGUUUUGCUUCCUUGGGAACGGCACACUCACUUAUCCUGCCAUUUGUGGAGAUGACCUCGUGCACUUUGACUGUUAAGCAAUGCAUUAUUGCUGUAGUCAAGGUUAGUGCAAGCAAGGAAACAUUCCCAGUAAGGUAUUUGUUUCCAUUUUCUGUCUAUGCUUAUGUCACAAAUUUGCUAGGACAUUUAGUAGCCAAUAAAAAAAAAAUUCCUUAUUUCAACCUUA